GUACAUGGGGUCACGUUUUCGUCAGCCAUAAUUGUUCUCCUGUCUUCUCUUUGAUCUUAUCCAUUUUGACGUCCAUUGCUAGUGGAAGAAGUUUCGAGAAGGUUCAACAACGAUCGGAGGGAAAUAAUACGUAGUUCUUUAACGGCAGGAUACGACAGUUAGUUAUCACUGCGGAGAAGAAGACCCGUGAAAGAAAAUGGUAAAGGAAACUACAUUCUACGACGUGUUGGGGGUAAAACCAGGCUGUUCGCCCGAUGACCUUAAGAAAGCAUACAGAAAGCUUGCCUUGAAGUAUCAUCCGGAUAAAAAUCCCAAUGAAGGCGACCGGUUCAAACAAAUCUCGCAAGCUUACGAAGUCUUGUCCAAUCCGGAAAAGAAGCGCAUUUAUGAUCAAGGGGGCGAGCAGGCUCUGAAAGAGGGCGGAAUGGAAGGGAGUGGGUUCACCUCUCCUAUGGAUCUCUUCGACGUCUUCUUCGGAGGUCUGGGGAGAAAUCGGCGUCGAGGUCGCAAGGGUCAGGAUGUAGUCCACCAGCUGUCGGUUUCUCUGGAGGAACUGUACAACGGAACGGUACGAAAACUUGCGCUACAAAAGAACGUCAUCUGUGAUAAAUGCGAAGGCGUAGGCGGCAAGAAGGGUUCGGUCGAAAAGUGUCUCCAGUGUGGCGGUUCCGGCCUGCAAGUGCAGAUCAAUCAGUUGGGUCCGGGAAUGAUCCAGCAGGUGCAGUCGAUGUGCUCGGAGUGCAAAGGACAGGGUCAGCGCAUCAAUCCGCGAGACCGUUGCAAACAGUGCAACGGCAGAAGAACGAUAAGGGACAGGAAGAUCUUGGAGGUCAACAUCGACAAGGGUAUGAUGGACGGGCAAAAGAUCGUCUUUACCGGCGAGGGAGACCAGGAGCCGGAUCUGGAGGCCGGGGACAUCGUCAUCGUUCUGGACGAGAAGGAGCACGAAGUUUUCAAGCGAUCCGGAUGCGAUCUGAUAAUGCGCAUGCAUUUAGGACUGAUCGAAAGCCUUUGCGGGUUCCAGAAAGUAAUACGAAGUCUGGACGGUAGGAACCUCGUGGUAACUUCGCUCCCCGGCGUAAUAACGAAACACGGGGACUUGAAAUGUAUAUUGAACGAGGGAAUGCCCGUGUACAAGGAUCCGUUUACGCGCGGGCGGCUCGUCAUUCAAUUCAUCGUAAAUUUCCCUCAAACGAUCGAUCCAACGGUGAUACCGGCGCUCGAGCAAUGUCUACCGCGCAGGGAGGAGGUCAUCAUUCCGGACGGAGCGGAGGAAUGCUAUCUGACCGAUUUAGAUCCCGAACAGGAGGCUAGGCGGAGAGAUACUCGGCAGGCGUACGAGGAGGACGAAGGAGGUCCUUCCCGCGUACAGUGCGCCACGCAUUAAUUUAAGAAACUUAGACUCGAACUUCUCUGAACAUGUCUACUUUCACUUUUAUUAUUUCGGUCUGGUUGAGUCACUUUUGUAGCACGCACAUUGUAACGAAUAUAACAUGUCGGUAUUUCAUCAUGACGAUCAUAUCGAUCGAAUCGAUCUUCGGUGGGUGCAGCCAGCGGUACCUUGAAUGAUUUACAUCGUUAAUGCCAAUGAUUCUUCGCGUUUCUUAAUAUGUAAUCACUCGAAGGGGAAAGUCACACUAUACGACAGACCACGGUUCAUUUGCUCGAAUAACCAACACCUGUGUGCGAUGUGCGCUCUUACGCGUACGUUUAUACGAUAGAGGAUGCGCCGUACUUGAAUUUUCUUUUUACUGCAAAACCUCCAAACGUAAAGGGCUCGGAAAGGAAAGGUUUAGACAAAAUUGCGAGAGAAUCUUUACCGGUAUUUCUUCAAGCGACUCCGUUUCUAAGUGGGGCAUCUUUAUAUUCUGACCGUUUGGAUAUCAUCAUGAAAUAAAUCACUUGUGUUUAAUGGGAUUAUUGCACGUUCUUAAGAUGCACAUUUUCCAUGGAAAAUGUAUGUCAAUGCGUGGAACACGAAUUGAUAUCGUGCAAGGACUUAUCUCGUCAAGGAGAAAAAUUACUAUUAACACGUCGCUGUAAAUAGCAGUGAUUUACGAGAGUUAACGAAAUUGCGAUCAACUCCACAAAGCGUAUAAAGAACUACUUUGAUGCAAUGUAGCAUUAUCACGGGUCGUCAAAUUUACUUAGGUUCUUGCUUUCUUUUAAAAAUAUUAGUUUUUCAAGGUAAUCCCCCGCAUGCAUAUGUUAGUAAUAAUGAAAAGUACCUUAACGAUACGUACGUGUAUUAUUCAGGAUUUUAGUGAUAUAAAAACGUACGAAGUAUUUAAA